CUGCAAAUAUAUAUAUAUAUACAUAUUUUCAAUCUUAUAAUAAUAUGCUGGAAAAAUCCCCCUAUUUUUAGGGUUUGCGCUUCUCCUUUGAGACACCUAGAUCUUCAGAGUGUAGCUAGUUGAACAUUAUGGAUGAUAACUACUCUGGGGAUUCAUUUGGUGGAUUCUUUCAGAAGCAUUCUAGUGCAGAAAGUUCUGUUUCAGCUUCACUGAAACAUGCAGCUGCUUUUGGGAGUGCACGGAGAUCUAUCACUUUCGAUCAUGACGAUACUGGUACUGCCAAUGUUGAGACAAAUGCACCAAAGAAGAAAAGGGUUUCAAGAAUGACGGGUGGAGGUCUGCGCCAGUUCAGUGCCAUAGUUUGUGACUUGUUGGAGAGCAAGGGAAGAACAACCUAUGCUGAGCUUGCAGAUUACAUAAUGUCAGAGUUAGCUGGAAAUGACAGUGAAACAGCAACAUCUUUGAGCGAGUUUAAUGACAAAAAUAUUCCACGGCGGGUAUAUGAUGCAUUAAAUGUUCUUGAGGCAUUGGAUAUCAUCACAAGAGUUAAAAAAGAAAUAAAGUGGAAUGGGAUUCCAGACAGAAAGAUGGAUUUGGAAGGAAUGAAGGCAGAAUGUGUCAAAAUGAUGAAUAGGAUUGGAAGGAAAACGGCUUACUUGAAAGACUUAGAAGAGCAAUUUGCAGAUCUCCAAAAUUUGAUGUGCUGCAAUAAAGAGUUGCUUAAGAGUGGAAACACUCGUCCGGGGGGAUUUUCUUUGCCAUUUAUACUGGUCCAGACAAGCCGUGAUGCUGCCGUCGAGAUUGAGAUUUCUGAAGACAAGCACAUGGUGCACUUCGAUUUCAAUAGUGCGCCCUUCUUCUUGCACGAUGAUACUUACAUUCUGAAGCUAUUGCGGCGUCACCAACCGCCGGAAAGAACAAAUGUAUCCCAAAAUUAUUCAGUUUACCCGCCUUCUCCAUGUCCCAGCAUUGGAACUCUGGAACAGAAACUCCGAACUCCAAAAUGAACAAAUGUUGAGAUGCUUUACUAGGUUUAUGAAACUUUUUAUAAAAAUCGUUAUAGGCUUUUCCCU